GACACCUGGAGGAGCAGAGGAGUCUGACCAGACACCUGGAGGAGCAGAGGAGUCUGACCAGACACCUGGAGGAGCAGAGGAGUCUGACCAGACACCUGGAGGAGCAGAGGAGCAGAGGAGUCUGACCAGACACCUGGAGGAGCAGAGACGGCACCGAGAGGCAGAGCUUCACCCACAGGAGCCGAGAUAGACAGACACACAGAGACAGACAGGUGUGUGGCUGUCUCACCUGGACAGGUGUGCUGCCGAGGGUCAGCCAUGGACAGCAGCAGCGAGCAGCUGGGUGGAGGUGAGGACGAGGCGACCUGCACGUCGGCCUCAGAGGGUCUGGAGGAGGGGGAGGUGGAGGGCGAGACGCUGCUGAUCGUGGAGUCGGAGGAUCAGGGCUCGGUGGAUCUGUCACAUGACCAGAGCGGAGACUCUCUGACCAGCGACGUGGGCGAGGAGACUGACGGAGGCUGGGCCUGCGAGGACAUGUCCUUCUACUGCGACCGCUGCCACAAGUGGAUCCCUGCAGCUCAGCUCCACGGAGAACAGCCCAGCUACCUGAAAGGAGACAACUUCUUUAAGUUCAUGUGCUGCGACUGCUCCGAGGACGGCAAGGAGAGCUUCGAGAGGAUGAGACUCACCUGGCAGCAGGUGGUGAUGUUGGCCAUGUACAAUCUGUCUCUGGAAGGGACGGGCCGGCAGGGUUACUUCAGGUGGAAAGAGGACAUCUGCGCCUUUAUUGGUCGACACUGGAACUUCCUGCUGGGAACAAGGAAGAAGACGUCGACGUGGUGGAGCACGGUGGCCGGCUGCCUGUCGGUCGGCAGUCCCACCUUCUUCCGCUCAGGAGCUCAAGAGUUUGGUGAGCCCGGCUGGUGGAAGCUGGUCCAGAACCGACCUCCAACUCUGAGACCUGAGGUGGACAAAUCCACGACCAAGGCUAAAGCCUCCAAACCUGCCAUGGACCCAAUCAUCACGGUGGAGGGUCUGAGGAAGCGCGGGGCCAGGAACCCUGUGGAGAACGCCAUGCAGCUGAAGGAGAAACGUUCUCGCACACAGGAGGCCAAAGACAUCCGGCGAGCUCAGAAGGAGGCGGUGGGAGGCUACGCUGACCGCAGUGCCUCCUCCACGCCAGUCAAACUGGGCGGAGGCCGUGGGGGAAGCACCGGACGCCGGCCUGACUUUGUCCUGGAGAAAGGUGAGGUCAUUGAUUUCUCCUCGCUCAGCUCUUCAGACCGAACACCGCUCACCAGCCCGUCGCCGUCACCUUCACCUGACUUCUCCGCUCCCGGCACGCCGGCAUCUCAUUCGGCAACACCCAGCCUGCUGUCAGAAGCGGACCUCAUCCCCGACGCCAUGCCUCCACAGGCUCUGUUCCACGAUGAUGAGGAGAUGGAGACAGAGGGGAUGAUCGACCCAGGGAUGGAGUACAUCCCUCCUCCCAGCGCUAACCUCAUCGCUCGCAAAAAGCUGCGCAUCGCACCACCUCACAUUAAACGUGAAGCAGAGAGCGAGGACGACGAGGGCCACGAACGUGAGGACGACUUUGAAGAGCCAGUAGGACAAAGUGAAGGUCCGUCUCUCUCCACUGCUGGGUGUGUUGGUACUGGAGGACCUGAGCGCAGGAGGAUAACACAUCCUGAGAAAGCAGACGGAGCCGGUGGUGUCUCCCAGAGUCCUCGCUUCAGCCUGCUCAGUCUUUAUGAGGAGAGGAUGCUGCUGCGGCGGCUGGACACUUGCCCGCUGGCCUUGGCUGUCACCCCACAAGCCAAACGCCUCCACAGGAAGCUGUUGGUCCGCCAGGCCAAAAGGCAGAGAGGGCUCCCACUGCUGGACAUCGACCGGGCCAUCAGCGCCACCCUCAGCCUGGUGGGAGGGAUCUACGGCGCCCAGGAGGCGGGGCCACUGAUGCGAGGUGGAAUCACAGGAAAAUACUGCACCAACAGCCAGGAGCUGCGUAUUCUUGAUCGCUUCCAGACCAACCUUUCUAACAGGAGAGGCAUCCAGCAUCACUCUGUGUCCUUCUGGCAUCGUUUGAUGGGAGCAGAGGGCAGUUUGGACCAGAGCAUCAAGAGUCCGUACACCUCCCGCAUCCUGAAGCCGUACAUCAGGAGGGAUUAUGAGAGUCGUCCGGUGAAGCUGAGGUUGUUGGCAGAGAUUAGAGCUUACUCUCACAGGAAGGAUCCUGACUGGGUCCCUGAACCCAACGCCCCCAUUGACUACUGCUACGUCCGACCAAACCACAUCCCCUCUGUCAACGCCAUGUGUCAUGACAGCUUCUGGCCAGGCGUGGACCUGUCGGAGUGUCUGCAGUACCCGGACUUCAGUGUGGUUGUCCUCUAUAAGAAAGUCGUGGUCGGCUUUGGUUUCAUGGUGCCGGAUGUGAAAUACAACGAGGCCUAUAUUUCAUUCCUGCUGGUCCAUCCUGAGUGGAGGAGAGCCGGCAUUGGCACCUUCAUGAUCUACCAUCUCAUCCAGACGUGUAUGGGCAAAGACGUGACGCUGCACGUGUCGGCCAGUAAUCCUGCCAUGCUGCUGUAUCAGAAGUUUGGUUUCAAGGCGGAGGAAUAUAUCCUGGACUUCUAUGAUAAAUAUUAUCCCGUGGACAGCACAGAGUGCCGCCACGCCUUCUUCCUCCGACUGAGACGCUGAGACGACCAUGCCGCUCACCUGAAUCCACCUGCUGGAUGAGUCGCUGCCAGCCGGCAGCACAGUGCCUGGCUCAGCGGCACCUGGACAGGAUCGUCCUCCGCCGUCCUGUUAUCCAACAAAUAUUCAAAAUAUUCUGACAAACAACAUCAGAUAAAUCAUAAAGUCCUGAAUCAUCAUGUUGAUCUGUUUCUGAACGUUUGAGACAUUAAAACCAAAAUGCUUCAUUCAUGA